AUGCCACUAAUUUUAGGCUGUAUUAUUACUGCAAUAUAUCUGACUUGCAAGUCUUGCUAAAUCAUAAACAAUAGAGCUCAACUUAGAAUUAAGUUGAUACUGCUGUUUUUUGUUGGAUUAGUGUUAAGAAUGGGCUAUGAUCAGAAGUUUUACAGAAGUUGUGACAACUGGACAAAGGGAGUACAAAGUGAAAUGAAAACUCUGGCUGGAGAAUGCUUAAUAGAGAAGCCUUAGAUGUGUUUACUUGAUACUUUUGACUUACUCAUGGAUUUUUCAAUUUCAGAUUGUUCGAAAUCUGCUUACCUUCCAAAUGCAUUCUCUAAAUACAACACGUAGAAGCCAUUCAUAGCUUUACAUGAUUCUAGGGAUAUCAGAAACAGAAGUGAACUAUGGAGUUCUAUCUAUGAUGUGGCUAUGAAUAGAGUCUAAGGAUAUGAUACGUUAGAAGAAGCUUAAAAAUAUAAUGAGGCAGUAAUUGAUGUUAAGAAUGAGAAGUUGCACUAGAAAAUUAUUAGAAAUGAAUCAUUAGUAGAAGAAAGGUAAUAAAAUUUUAAAAGGGCGGGUGCCAAUAAAAACAUGAUUGUAAUAUACAUAGAUGCCCUCUCAAGACCUAGAGCACACUUAAAACUUCCUAAGACAAUGCAAUACUUUAAAGAAUAAAAAGAAGUUUAUGAGUUCUUUAAAUAUAGCUCGCUCGUAGCAUUUACUGACGAUAACGCUCAAGCAUUCUCGUAUGGUAUUGAUUUUGAUCACUCUGACUAAAAUAAAACAUAUUAAUCGAUAAGUGCCUUCUUCAAAGAAUAAGGGUAUAUUAUAGGCAAAUCUCAGAAUUAGUGCGACAGAUUUUACUAUCAAAUGAAUGAGACAUAGGAAUUAGUACAGCCAUAUGAUCCUGCAGAUCAUGAAAUGCUAAGUUUUGCUUGUGACCCUCAUUAUCAUUAGAUAGAUUUUCCUGAUUUCGCUUAUAUUGGUCCCUACUCGAUGUUUAGAAAAUGCUUAUAUGGCUAAGAUACCUUUUAGUAUGUAUUAAACUUUGGUAAUGAUUUCAUGCAGACUUAUGAUAAGGAGAGGAAAGUAUUGUUUCUUAAUUUCAUAGAUUACCAUGAAGGUUCUGGAACAACUAUAAAAUUCCUCGACGAACCAUUAGCUUAGUUUUUGAAAUAGCAUGGCAAAUAAGAUACAACAAUAAUUUUUAUGAGUGAUCAUGGCUUUCAUAUGAAUGGGCCACCUCUAAUGCUUGGCAAGUUAUUUGGAUAAUCUUAAAAAGAGAGGCUUUUGCCAUUGAUGAUAAUCUCAAACUUAGGUGAUUUAAAAGGAGGUGGCGAAAUAUAUAACAUUUAAUUAAACCAGUAAAAGUUAGUCUACCACAAGCAUCUUUAUAAUUUCUGGAAGUACUGGGCAACUAAAUAGCAUUAUGGGCAGAGUUUCUUUUCCCAAUUCGAUAAUGACUACUUUGUUUGCAACGAAAUCGGCCCUAACUGCAAAUGUGAAAACUUCUUGAUCAAAGAAAAAGAGGAUGAAAAUAGUAAUCAGACAUAAAAUUCUAAAUGA